UCCCUCCCUCUCCGUUAUCCCCCCUCACUCCUCCCUCUGUCUGCCUCCCUCAGUCCCCUCUCCAGCCGGUCCGACCUGCGCCUCUGUCCGGCCAUACGCCCACACAGACCCCGCCGACUCCACACGAGAGAGGGGGGGAAAUUAGCUCGUACACGACGAGGAGACAGAUAAGCCUGAACGUUAGCCGGAGAAAAGCCGCGCGAGGCCCUGCAGCAUCACACUAUCCCUCCCGUCUGUCGCUGCCUUCUCGAUUAUCAUAAGUCUAUCAAUCAACCGUGGGGGGGGGGAAAUUCACUUUAAAGUCCAUGGAAACAUGUAAAAAUCAGUCCGGAUCUGGACUAACUGCGCCCUUCUGAGCAUAACCAGCGGGCUGGACUCACAACGGGACCGUUAGGUUUCUCGCUGGUUGAGAACAACGCGGACUACGCUGGAGAAGAAGACAUAUACUGAGUUUCCUAGGUUGAAACGCCGCGUUUUAAGCUUUGUUACGAGAGAAAACACCAAAGAUGCUGUCGGAGCUGGGACAGUGGUUCUGGCAGGAGCGGCUGUGGUUUCCGGAGGGUCUGGGCUGGGCUGACCUGGAGGACCGGGAUGGACGAGUAUACGCCAAAGCCCAGGAUUUAUGGGUGGCGCUUCCCAUUGCCCUGGUAUUCCUCAUUAUCCGUCAGAUAUUUGAAAGGACGGUGGCUACCCCCCUGGCCUCACUUCUUGGGGUGAAAGACACAGUGCGGCUCAAGGUCCCACACAACCCCACACUGGAGUCCUACUACUGUAACAUCACCAAAAACCCCUCCCAGUCUUCAGUAGCGAGUCUUUGCAAGCAGACAGGCCACUCGGAAAGACAAGUGCAGCGAUGGUUCAGAAGACGGAGGAACCAGGAUAGACCCAGCUUGCUCAAAAAGUUUCGAGAGGCCAGUUGGAGAUUUACCUUUUACCUUCUUGCUUUCAUUGCUGGCCUGGCCGCCCUCAUCGAUAAACCUUGGCUGUACGACCUGAAGGAGAUGUGGCAGGGCUUUCCAGUGCUGACUCUCCUUCCGUCUCAAUAUUGGUACUACAUGAUCGAGCUGGGCUUCUACGGCUCUCUGCUCUUCAGUGUGGCUUCAGAUGUUAAACGCAAAGACUUCAAGGAGCAGAUAGUUCACCAUGUUGCGACAAUCCUCCUCAUCAGUUUCUCCUGGUGUGUGAACUACAUUCGUGCUGGAACUCUCAUCAUGCUGGUGCACGACUCCUCUGAUUACUUCCUAGAGUCUGCAAAGAUGUUCAACUAUGCUGGGUGGCGAAAUGCCUGUAACUACAUCUUCAUCGUAUUUGCUGCAGUCUUCAUUAUCACACGCCUCAUUAUCUUCCCCUUUUGGAUUAUUUACUGUACCUGGGUAUACCCGGUGACUAUCUACGAACCCUUCUUUGGCUACUACUUCUUCAAUGGACUGCUGAUGAUUCUGCAGUGUCUUCAUAUCUUUUGGGCCGUUCUCAUCAUUCGCAUUGCAGUCCGCUUCCUUACCAACAAUGAAAAAGUGGACGAUGACAGAAGUGACAAAGAUGAAACAGAUGAAUCAGAGGAGGAGGAAGAGGAGGCAAAGGAUAAAAACCAUGUGAAGAAAAAUGGACCUGUGCAGAACGGUCAUACAGUCUACAACAACAACCACAGGAAGAAGGACUGAAAGCAAAUUCAUGUCUGGAUGAAUGAAAGUGAAAGGACUCACAUCCCUCAGAGGAAGAGAUGAGAAGCAGGGAUGAAAUAUGAAAGAAAGAAGAAGGGAUACAGACGGAGGGGGGGGGAGGGGCGAUUAUUCCCUAAAACUAAGAAAAGUGAGCAGGAAAUUUGACUACACAAACACACACUUAAUCAGUCGUACUUUUAGAGGGCACAGAUAUCCAUCAGAUGAUAGACACUACACUCAGUGACACGGCUGUCAUCAGAGAAACUGUAUCAUAGACUUUGUUUGUUAGUCCUACAAACCUUCCGUGAGACAGGGGAGAACAUGGAGAGGAGCAACGUGUGAAGGAGAAACAGGGGAGUGGGGCGGGGCAACGCUGCCUUUACUUUAGCUUUCAUGCUUUAACUGUGUGCCUUAGAGCCAGCUGAUGGGUGGCUGCUGAAAAGCCAUUUGGAAGCUUUCUGCUUUGAAAGUGUGCUGCUUUAUUCUGUUUUUCUGUUUUUAAAGAAAGAACAAAACAAAGUUAAAAAAAAGAGUUUUAUGAAGGUCAGACAAUGGGCAUUGAUUUCCCUCUUUUUAUGUCUAUGCACCUACGUAACUGUUCAGCGAUUGCGAUGUCUUUGCACAAACAUUUGAAGUAAUAUCUGGCAGUAGGACUGCCUGUCUUUGCUCUCCAGUGCAGCUGGGUCCAUUUACGAAGUGUUCUGGGUUCAGUCUGACAAGAAAUCUCAUUUCUGUUCAGUCUUAAUCUUUGCUGAGGUUUAUUUAGUACAAUUUCUGCCUCCAGUAGUGUUGUUUUCUGUGGAAAAGGUGCGGCUCUUGACUCCUUUCUGCCAGAGCUAAGUUUAGCGCACAUAAAGGGGCACUCAGCUCAGCCUAUGGUUGAGAAAUCACAGCUGAAAGUCACUCAAGCUUAAAACACCACAUUGAUGAUGCCACCCACUGAAAGGUGAUUCGUUGCAAAAUUGGGUUUCUUUCUUGACAUACAGGAAUUUUGCAAAGAAUAAAAACAGUCCAGAUUUCUUCAGUUCACUGCCUAAUAGCUGAGGUUAUAUUUGUUUACCCAGCUAAGAAAUUUUAGUGUUGAUAAAAAUUGAUGUUUUUAAGUAUGAUUCAAUGUGAGAAAUGCGUUUACAGGUAUUGUCUUUGAUCUUUUAUGAAAUGAAUCUCGCGAUCUAGUUUUGAUUCGCUGAUAAAAAUUACAGCUGUUUCAGUGUUCUUGUCAUGCUUUGUAUGUAUUUGUAUUCCAGUGCCUUAUCUGUAACGAACGGGGAGCUCUCUGUCUUCAUGUCCUCUCCUUUUCUUCCCGGUUUCCCACUCACAUCACUUCAUAGGCCCUCAGCUCUUAGGACACAAAAAUACUCUCUCCUCAUUGAUUCAUUCAACCCUUGCCUCUCUUCUUUCAGAUCAACCUUCCUUUCAAACUCACUCUCAUUCCACCACCACAUUCUCAUUACUUACCCCGACCAACCAGCAGUGUUCUUCCCCACUGAUACAAAAGAAACCGCUGUGUCUCAAUUGCAGUGUUACAUUUUUACUGUUAUUUUGUUUUAUUUUAAUGAUGCCUAAGUAUUGUUAUUAAUGAUAAAAGAAAAUCAUAAAUCACAACCAAAACACUGUUGAAGCUGUUGUUUUUGGUGAUGUGUUCUGUAUGCAAAGAUACAACUCACAAUCACAGACAAUUACAGAUGUGCUGACAUAUCGGCACAUCUGUGAUCCAUCUUA